CUACCUGGGAACAGUCAACGGCGCAUGCGCACAGAGCGUUUCCCUUGCCUGGUCCGCUGACGCGGGGACGUUGCUGCAUCACGUGUUUCGGAGGAGGAUUCUACAGAGGCUGGAAGGGAAAGGGACCGGGCGGUAGCGGAGUAGAAACAAAUCGGGCCACCGGAAACUCAUGAGAUUUCAAAUAGGAUUUACUGCACAUCCAUCGGAAGAUGGACAAUUAUUUUCAAGCAGCUGUUGUGGAUCUCGAUAAAUUGCUAGAUGAUUUUGAGCAAAAUGCAGACGUGCUGGACAACUGUCAGUCAUUGGGAGCAUCUCUUGUCUCAAACCAGUGCUCCAUAUACACGGGCAACAUCUGCCAUCAACCAGAAUUCUCAGCACCUCGGAAACAAAUGAAUGAGAGGAGCAGUCCACAGCAAGCUCUUUGUUCUACAGAUGAAGACGUUGAUUUUCAAACUUGCGGCCCUGAGUCAUGUACUGAAAAAAAUGUCACUGGCCUUGAUCUUUUAUCUUGUGUAGAUGGUGGUGAUUCGAAUGAUGAUGUUUCAGGUCUGGGGAGAACAAGUGUGCCUGUUUGUGAUCUUAUCAGUGAUACGGGCAGCCUGAUUCAAAAGGAUACUAGUAAUGGACCAGAGAUAUCCAGCAUCCAUUUGUCUGAUCUGGAGUUAAUCUCUGACACAGCUAUCGAUCCAGUGUCCCCUACAGAAUCUUCCAUUUCUUGGCAAGGAAAUGCACUGGAAUGUGAACAUGGAACUUGGUUGCCAAUAACUCAGCCUAAUCUGUUAGUGAUGAAUUCAAAAGGUUAUAGUUCCAACAUAAGUUUAGAUCAGGUUCUGGCAUGCAACUUGGAUCAAGAAAACAGUGCUAUUGAUUCUGCUUCCAACACUGAUACUGUAAGCAGCUCCAAUACCUCAACUAGUGAUGGUUAUGUUAGCGAUGAUCUUCCAUAUGAAACUUUAACAGAAGGACAAGAGUCUCUGGGGAUACAAGGUGAAAGGGACACUCCGUGUUUAUCAGGUGCUGACCAUGAAGAGGCAAUGAAUAGAGGGUGUAUUGAAACCUCUUGCAGAGAUGCAGCUCAGAGUGCAGAUGUUAAAGGAAACGGUGCUGUAGACUGUCAUGCAGGCAGGGCUAAUGAAGAGCCUGCAUCAGAUCAGGGACAGCCUGUUCUAGAAACUAUAAUUACCUCUCGGUUUACAGAUGUUUCCACAGACUCAUCUGUGUCUGUAGGCAGUGGUCAGAUAGAAUGCUCAGUGCAGAAAGAGGUUUCACCCAGUACUUUAGUGGUGUCCUCCCAGUGUAUUGCACCUUGUACAGAAAACAUAAUUAAAGUAGAAAAUAACAAUGCUGUUAAGGCUGUUGACCCUGUUGCUGUUACUGUAUUACAAGACAACAAAGAACUGGAUGUAAGUUCUGUGCAAGAAGUGCAUCUGCCCUCUCUCGCUAAAGAGGUUGUUGUACAAGGAACCAAGAAUUUAGAUGCACAGAUGAUGAUCACUUCACACCAUGCUCCCUCAGUUUUGGCACCUGAUGCCAUGGAAUCCAGAAAGAAGGAGCAGUUCUUGGAUAUUGCUUCAGUUUCCAAUAGCAAAUUUAACGAGGACUUUUUACAUGAUCUAAUAAACCGUGAUGUGUUAAGUGAAGCCUAUAUCAGUGAUGCUGAGCUUGAUGACUUUCUUAAUCAGGAGGAUGGCCAGUUAACCCCAUUCACAUUGCACAAUGAUUGUCCACCAUAUGACUUUAUCUGUGCUGGUAAUACACCUGCUGCUUGUGAAACUGCAGGUGAUUUUGGGACAGACAGCUGUUCCUUUGGGGUUGAAUAUAUAGAAGCAGCAGUGAGCAGUAGUCCAAGCUACACAAGCAAGCAGGAAAGUAGUGUGAUUGGUGCACAGACACAAGUUAAAAUAACUUCAGAAAAGUCUCUUCCUGCAGCUGUAUCAGAUGGUGACGUAGCCAGUUUCAGUUCCCAUAUAGGAGGUGCAAGGCCCAAACAGCUCAAACUUUUGCCUGGUACAUCCCAAAAUACUUUGGUAAAUACAGAUGUACAAGACAAUAAUACGCCUGAUCAGAGCAGUGCAGACGUUACUCCCAGCAGCCCCAUCUCUGUUGCUGAAGCACAGCCAAAUUAUUUAAAUAUUUCGGGCAAAUCUGCAAACACAAAUGGAAGUUCUGAGCGAAACAAGAAAGAAAAUGAGUGCAGAUCUGAAAAUGAAACUUCGCAAAACUCUGUCCUGGGUCAGAGACAGCCAACCUGGAUCCCUGAUUCUGAAGCUCCCAUGUGUAUGAACUGCAGUGUUAAGUUCACCUUUACGAAGAGGAGACAUCAUUGCCGGGCAUGUGGAAAAGUUUUUUGCGCCGUUUGUUGCAGUCAGAAGUGGAAAUUGCCGUAUAUGGACAAAGAAGCAAGAGUUUGUGUUGUGUGUUAUGGUCUAGUAAGUACAGUACAGGCUUUUGAAAGGACGAUGAGCCCAACUGGUCCUAGCCCAAAUCCCAAUGUCCCCUCUGAGUACUGUUCUACCAUCCCACCUUUGGUGCAGGCCCAGGCAGCAGGCACACUUAACUCGCCUCCGCCUACUGUUUUGGUGCCUGGCUCAGUACUUAAACAACCAGGAGUGCAAGGGAGUCAGAAAGAACCCAAAAGGGUCUGGUUUGCUGAUGGUCUUCUACCUAAUGGGGAAGUUGCAGACACAACCAAAUUUACAUCUUUUGUCAAGAGGUCCUCACAGGACUUAAGUCCAACAGCUUGCAGCUUACCAGAUUCUCCCAUGAGCGCUGACCAGCCUCCCAAUAACUUAAAAGAGCACACAGAAGGGAAAAAUUUGGAGACCUCACCAGUAGACUCUUGUGUGGAGAAAUCCUUAACAGAUGCCCCAAGUGCCUUCAAAGUCAGUUCUCCAUCAGAUUAUUCUAUGUUGUGUGGGCUCGAUAAAUGUGUUGGCCGAGAUCUAAAUCUGAUACCAGAUGAUGACGAAAAGCUGCCGCCUCUUUUACUGGCUUCUGGUGAGGGUGGAGAUGCGCUGGUAGAAAGCAGUCCUACUAAUAAAGAGGUCUUGUUGCUUUUGGAAGAGGGGCUUAACCUAGUGACCUUCAUUCUCAAUGCAAACCUCCUUCUUAAUGUCAAGAUAGUAACUUAUGCCUCUGAAAAAUGCUGGUUUUUCUCAACAAAUGGGUUACAUAGCCUGGGUCAGGCAGAAAUUGUAAUUCUAUUGACUUGUUUAGAAAAUGAAGAAUUUCUCCCCAAGGAUAUGUUCAGAUUUUUUAUCGAUAUUUACAGAGAUGCUCAAAAAGGAAGAUAUGUAGGCAAUCUGGAAAAUAUUACAUUUACUGAAAGCUUUCUGAGUAGCAAGGAUCAUGGUGGAUUCCUAUUUUUUGCCCCUACUUUUCAGGAUCUCACUGGCCUCCCUUUACCCAAUAGUCCUUUUUUGUGUGGGGUUAUCAUCCAGAAAAUGGAGGUGCCUUGGGCAAAAGUUUUUCCCAUUCGACUUAUGCUUAGACUGGGAACUGAGUUUAGUGUGUACCCCUGCCCACUGAUGAGCAGAAGACAUCGAAAGCCAUUAUUUGGAGAAAUAGGACAUACAAUAAUCAAUUUGCUAACUGACCUUAGAAAUUACCAGUACACUAUACCACAUGUUGAUGGUUUGCUAAUACACAUGCAAUUGGGAAAAAUUUGCAUAAAGAUCCCUUCAAAGAAACAUAAUGAAAUUCUUAAGGUGAUUCAUGCUUCUAACGAGCAUGUAAUAAGCAUUGGUGCGAGCUUUAGCCUGGAAGCAGACUCUCACCUGGUUUGUGUCCAGAACAGUGAUGGAAUCUACCAAACGCAAGCAAACAGCGCUCCUGGAAAGACCAGAGAAGUUACGGGCGCAAGUUUCGUUGUUUUUAACGGAGCUCUGAAAACGUCCUCAGGAUUUCUUGCAAAGUCCAGUAUAGUAGAAGACGGCCUUAUGUUACAAAUAAUGCCAGACAUGAUGGAAUCGUUGAGGCAAGCACUCAGAGACAAGAAGGAUUUCCGAAUUGCAUGUGGAAAGAUUGAUUCUACAGACUCGACGGAAGAGGUUACUAUUUGUUGGGUGGAGACUGAAGAAAAGCAAAACAAAGGAAUUACAAGCCCUAUUGAUGGUCAAUCUAUGGAAGGAAUUCCAAGUGAGAGAAUUUAUCAGGAAACAGACUUUGAAGUCAAUGAUAAAACUGUGAAAUGUACAGAGGUGUUUUAUCUGUUAAGAGAACGAGAGCCAAACAGUGGGGCGGGUCAUUCUCAGUUUGCCAAGGAGAUAGCCACAGCCUGUGCUGCUGCUCUUUGUCCUCACAUCAAGACGUUGAAGAACAGUGGAAUGAAUAGGAUUGGCCUGAGAGUCUCUAUGGAUAUUGACAUGGUUGAAUAUCGAGCAGGAUCAAGAGGGCAGCUUCUUCCUCAGCUCUACUUGAAUGAUCUAGACUGCGCCCUCAUUCCAGUCAUCCACAACAGAACAUCAGACACAAGCAUUUUACCUCUGGUGAUGGAGCUGAUCUUUUUCUUAAUUGAAAACCUGAAUUAACCUAGAUCAAGGAAUUCAGUGUAUUGCCUGUGUGAAACAAGGGUCGCUUUUCCCCAGGCUUUCAAGCUCUCCAUCUGUAUCUUUCUGAGGAACAUGGCAAACUAAACCAGCUUCAGUGUUUUAUUUAGUUUAGUUAUAAAUAACUAAUAUAAUGUUCUCCUAUGUUACCCAUCCGAUCAUUCUUAUUGUUUUCUAUACUUUGUGU